AUGCCACGACGGAUAAAAUGGACACAAGAAGAAUUAGAUGCAUUAGAGAAAGGAAUGAACGAACAUGGGACUAAUUGGGAGACCAUAUUGUUAUUUUAUGGUCCACCUGGUGGCCCUUUAAAAAAUAGAAAUAGUAUACAAUUAAAAGAUAAAGCAAGGAAUGAAAAAAGGAGGAGAGAAAAAGAAGGUUUACAACUUGGUAUAUUUGAAAAGGCUACUGGUUCAAAGAAAAAGCAAAGUAAUAAUAAAGUUAUUGACAUUGGUUUUGGAAUUGAUUAG